UGAGCCGGCGCGGGACCGUGCGGGGGCGGGGCGAGGCGGCGCGAGCGGCAGCGCGCUCAGUUUCCGCCGACCCACCCCGGAAAUCCUGUGUCACCGGGCGUCGGAGGCGUAAGAAGUGCUUCCUGGAGAGCAAAGGAGGUCACACAUCAUGUGACGGCCGUUUGCAGAGGACCCUGUCUCUGAGGUUGUCCCUGAAGUGACAGCAGAGAGAACCCGGGCAUUCCCGGGAGCAGAAACCCAGGCGUGGAGAUUGAUCCUGCGGGAGAAGGGGGUUCAUCAUGGCGGAUAUGGAGAUGCAGAGGCACAAAAAGAUCAAGUAACUUGACCAAGGUUACACAGUGGUGAAGUCAAGAGACCAGCGCAGACAGUCUGGCUCCAAAGUCUAUACUCUUAUCCACCACACUAAAUGGACCUAAAGAGAUUCCUGUAUAAAAAAUUACCAAGUGUUGAAGGACUCCAUGCUAUUGUUGUGUCCGAUAGAGAUGGAGUACCUGUUAUUAAAGUGGCCAAUGAUAAUGCUCCAGAGCAUGCUUUGAGACCUGGUUUCUUAUCUACCUUUGCCCUUGCAACGGACCAAGGCAGCAAACUUGGACUCUCAAAAAACAAAAGUAUUAUCUGUUACUAUAACACUUACCAGGUGGUUCAGUUUAAUCGUUUACCUUUAGUGGUGAGUUUCAUAGCCAGCAGCAAUGCCAAUACAGGACUAAUUGUCAGCCUAGAAAAGGAACUUGCUCCAUUAUUUGAAGAAUUAAGACAAGUUGUGGAAGUUUCUUAAUCUGACUGUGGUCUCGAUGUGUAUCUUCAUUAUACCAGACACAGUAUCAAUUUAGCAAUCUCUAGACCACAGUAGUACUUGUAUCUGUAUACUCAAGAAAGGGCCUGCUUUUCCAUCUUAUACUAAAGAAAGAGCCUGUAGAUAUAAUUUCUGGACAGAUUGAUUGGUAAAGUUCCUUGUUUAUGGUCUUUUCUUUAUUUAGUGAGAUCUGGGAAUACCACAAAAAUGGUUCAGUCUAUCACAGCUCCCAUGGAGUUAAUUCAGUCACCAGGUAUGGAUGAGGUUCUCUUCAGUGGAUCAGAAUCCAAAUGGUACAUUGAUCUACUUGAACCAUUAAGUGCUCCCUAUUGUAAAAUAUACCUAGGCCUGCAAAAUGAAGCAGACCCUUUUUAUUGUGAAUAAUAUUGAGGACAUAUUUUUCUUCAUAUUAUGUUUUAUUUCUUUGCAUUGAAUGUGAGGAAAAUAAAAUGGCUUAGCAAAAAGUAAUAAAAUCAGUACAAUCACUAACUUUCCUAUAUAUUAUUUUACAGUAUAGAUGACUAUUACUAAUUGAUUUGAUUCUUCUCAGAGGGUGCUGUUCUUUACCUAAAAUUCAAAUUAUAGCUAAUGAUUUCCCUCCACUCUACUGUCUAUAACCAAUCAAUCAGUGUUACAAUGUUCUUUAUAAAAUUUAGAUAUGAUUCAUUAUCAAGCUGUUUCCAAUAUUGGUAUGUAUGUAAACGUGAUAAUACAGCCUUUUUUCAUACAUGAGUAUAAAUAAAAUAGUAUUUUUAAAAGUAUAGUUUGAGCACUACAUAGGUCUUUUUUUUCCCCAGACUUCUUUCUUUGAAAAGUUUACAGAACAUAAUUAAUUCACUUUUUCAGCCACAUGAGUAAGUAAUAAGUGUUCCAUGUAGAUAUUAGUUUGGAGACUGUUUCACCUAGCGUAAAUUGUCAGUUAGAAAAUAAACUCAUCCAUGAGCAUAAUAUUCAGGAAUGCAAUCCAUUAUUUGAGGUUGUAGGUGCUUUGACAAUCAGAGCUUGUCACUGGUAGUUGAGAACACAUUUAUUAAGCACUUACUGUGUGCUGUGUACUACAGCCACCACAUUGCACAUUUCUAAGGGGGCACUAUUCACAUCCUGUCUGUGCUCUGGGAGCUGCCUUUCACAUGAAAUCUAUGUGAAUGGUAUCCUUGUAUCCCUGGAGUUGUGCAUUGAGGCAGUUGGCGAGGCACUGUACUUUUUUCCUUUUUUUUUUUGAGAUAUAAAACAUAAUAAAUGGUGGUAUCUUCCUUUAAAGAGCCUACAGUUCAGUAAAGGAAACAGAUACAAAAAGUGCUG